CUUGAACGUCUGUUCCUAUAAUUUCGACAGUGAGCAGUCGGAACUCUGAUGAUCAACUUUGCACAUUGUUCGGAGAAAUAAUCCAUCAGCCACCUUAAAUUCCUGAUUACACCGAAUAAAAUGUUCAACUUUGAAAGAUCUUGGGUUUAGAAACUGAAUUUUCUUCUGAUACAAAAUUCUCAGACAAUUUCCUUUGGUAGAACCCUAAGCGCCGCUGUUGGAAGUGUCUAUGCGAGUUGAUGCGAGUACUAGACGAUCGAGGACACUGAAUCGGAGGAAAGAUCGAGUUGAUUGAAGUCGAAGAUGCGUUUCUCUGCAAAAUUUUAGGCAUGGUGGGUCCAAAACGCGUGACCAGAAUGAGCCGCGGGAGAGGAUUGGCUGGCCUAGCGCGUUUGCGCCACGAGUUUCACCGAUUUCGCGAAGAGGUCGGUUGCAUUCGUUCGUUGCCAAGGCUUGAUCGCCGCUGGCCCUCUCUUGCCCGACUUGAGAUCGACAGCGAGGCUUCUUCCGAAGAUGGUGCAUUGUGGGAUUCUCGGGAGCCGUUAUCUGGGGUUUCUGCUCCGGCGACUGCUGAUGUCGAAGCCGAAGGCAAUGAGAAUGGGGCUUUCAAUGAUGUCGCUAGUGAGUUUCCUAAUAACGAUGUUGAAACCUCACAUGAUAUCCUGGAAACGAGCCAGCUGUGCGGCUGUCAGUGGGCUGGGAAAGGAUGUACAGAAGUAAGGCAUUGCCCCACGCACUUUGAUGAAGGAUCGGCAAAAUGUGAUAAUGAUCCAAGAACUGAGAAGAUCACGUCUCCGAUCGAAGAAGAUAAUCGUCAUUGUGAUGACUUGAAAAUCAAUCUGUUACUUCCUCUCCGGUGUACAGAACAAUGUUUGGGUGAUCUAGAUGCAGUUCCAACCUCUGUCGACAUCGAGCCUUCAGAAGAAACACGUGAACCUGUAAAGACAAAUCAAACGUGUAAGGUUCCAGGGGAUUCUGAUGAAGAAUCCAAAUCAGAACAGUUUGAAGAAUCACAGUAUGGAAAUCCAGAGAGCGAAACAACCUAUAACCUCAAACUUCCUGAUUGCCAAGUUGCGGCUGAGGAUGACUCAGGCACGAGGAGCACUUUGGAAAAUAUUGAAGAAGAUGGCGCACACCUGACCGAGAGCUCUGGAGAAAGACGAAGUAAGCAUGAACUUUGUCAGCAGAAGCUGGAUGGCCCGGACGAAUCAAAAGAAGAUAAAGAUCCAAGAGUUUUAGGUCGAGCACUCAGCUGCCUCCCUUUGCUGACUAAUCUGAAAUUCCAGAUUGAUGGAGAGUUACAAAGAUCCUAUAACGAGCCAUUUUCUUACGGCUCAACGGACGAUAAGACUUUUAACAACAUAGAAGAAGCCUCUCUAUCGUCAAAUGACGGGAGUUCUCCAGAACCCUGGAUCUCCAAUGCUUGCUUCGAGGACGAAAUUGUGGAUUAUUCCUUCUCAUAUUCAGGUGCUCGAAUUGCUGCCACUCCUUGUUUUACAGCAAAUCCGUAUCACAAAUUUGGGAAAUUGUUUUCGGUUCCACACAAGCACUUCGAGAGUCAAAAUCAAGAGUCUGCAAGGCUUGACAUCCACAAUCCAGAUGUUCUUUUUAGUGCAAGAAGCAAAGACGAGGACUCCUACAACCAGCACGUUCUCUUCAAUUCCGAGAAUUAUAUGUGUACUCCUACAGUCACAGUUCUUCCUUUGAUGGAUGAGAGGACACAAACGUCCCCAGAUGUCGGGACUAAAUCACUGGAGAACGGAGAAUUCGCGGAUAACUCCAGAGACGUGAAAACCCCUGAGACGAAGGUCGUCGGUGCGCAAUUGUCGCAGUCUAUGUCUUCAGAAGACUGCAAGCGAUCUCUUAAACUCGUGGGAUAUGUUUACGAAGAAAUACCAACCAAGGUUGCGGCUCCGAUCCCAGAUCGUCUGAUCUCUUGUGAGAAGUCGACGUCACCUAUACGUACUUCUGCUGACGAUAUGCCCGUCGAAAUAACUCAACCUUCCCUUAUUGCUUCUUCUGGGAAUAUUCAAAGCAUGCGACCUGUGGUUGCAUCAGAAAGGGCAACAGUAAACGACCAAAGGCCUGGCUCCUCCCAAACCAAUGCGAUUCACAAUACUUCCUCUAGGGACCAUGAAGUAUAUGGUAAUCGUGUGCAGCACCAAAGCGCUGGGAUGUCAAGUUUAUUCGCACUCUCUGGACUUGAAAGUUUGUCGAAGUUGGAAAAUUACUUCAACCGAGACUCUGGAUUGGCCACCAGGAUGGCAACAAGGAUCAGACACGCUCUAGAGAGCCUUGGCGAACGCAGCCAGACUAUUGCAGACUGGCGAACGCAGCCAGAGCCUAGGACGAGCUCUGCAACUGGGAAUCAACGGACAAUAGAUAUGAGAGGUCUCGCAGCAUAUCGAGCGCGGACUGGUACAGUUCCUUCAAGCAACGUUAGAAAUCUCAGGUUGACAACUGGGUCUGACGUCGAACAUCCAAAAGUCAAGAUUGUUGGUGAUUGGCAAGGGUACAAAGAUGGUUCGGAAGGUUCUGAUGCCUUGGGUCUAGCUAGUCGUUUGAUUGAAUCAAGUGAAUCAGAAGAGCCAGAAGAUUACUUGCAGAAAGUAAUCGCAGCUUUAGAUUCAAAACGAGACCUCUCGGCACGGUCAGAGUUAGCUCCAAGAAAAAAUAAUACACGUCUGCAUGAAUAUGCUUCUCCAAAUAGCAUGGUACCCAAAGAGCAGAAGGAAGGGGUUGCGAACAUUUCUUCGUCAGAGCCUCGUAACCUUGACCAUGAACAUCACUACGCUCAUGGGACGCUCUCUCAAAUGCAGAAACCAGGAUGUUCAAUUCACACUGCUGUAAUGCCUGGUGACAGUAAUGAGGUCAACGAUGAUACAAAUGAAGCUAGAGACUUGAUCAAUGAUGGCUUUGAUAUGCCUAAAAAUUCAAGUGAAGAAAGAAGGUCCGUCAAGAUCUACAAAGGAGCUCCUGCUCAGGGAGUAACAAGGAAGCCUUACCAACAUCAACGCGCAGUUGAUGAAGCUGGUACUGCAAAUCCGCAAGCUUUUUCCGUUAAAAUAAAUGGAUCUAUGGUUGAGAUUGAAGUAGGUGAGCGGCCUCCUUCAAUUGUAUGGACUCCUCGGGGGCAAAGUGACAAUGAAGUAAUACGAACAUCAACCUAUCAGACUCAGAGGCAGAGCACUUCUGAUGACGCAUACCAUAAAUGCUGUGGUGCGACAACCUCAUACAAGCAAGUCGUAGGAUCUGCAGAGGGUCGUCUUGGGCCCAUAAGGUUUAAGGAUGAGGGUCCGACACAACCGACGGAAACUUGCCAUCGAAUUGUUCGUUUUCGUGAUUCUGUUGCAGGAGGGAAGGUUACGAAAUCUGUCAGGUUUCACUCUCCAGCCUCAGAUUCAAGUAAGAACAGUUUUUACAGUCCAAAGAAAUUUUAUGACAGAUAUGAUAGAACAAUCAAGAAUUUGGCCAAACAAGCUCAUGAACUGGCUGACAACGAAGUUAUUGAAGAUGCAGUUGCAGAGAGUCAACAAUCUCCAAGAUUCGUUGAAAAGAGAGCCGCAGAGAGUCAACAAUCUCAAAGACUCGUUCAAAAGAGGGUACAGUUGGACGGAGGUUUUCCUCUUCCGAUAUUGAAGUCAAAGAGACGAUUGCCAGUUUUAUCGACUGAAUCCCAUGUUGGCUCCACAAGCCUUGACAACGAGGAUGUGGACGACUUCAGUUGCAGAAAUCGUCAUGGAAUUAUUGUUCCUGUGGUUCCAGAUACCCAGGCGCGUAAAGUAGCCCAUGGACUACGUGCUUUCACAGAGGAAGAUACAUCCCAACCAAUUUUGAAGAGCCCAAGAGGAGCUUCGGGACUGGACUCAGAAGGGCAUUAUGAAGAACAACAAGAAGGGAGUCAAAGUACCGAAGAUACUGAUUGCAGAAGAAGGCAUUCUGCAUCUGCAGUUGCUAGGCCCCCUCUUGAUAUUCAUCUAAGAAGAGGAAAGAGACCAUCCAUUUUGAAGUCUCCAACUCGACAAGCGACUUCAUCCUCUGAUUGCACAAGCAGCAUCAAUUAUGAUGAAGAUGAGGUGCCUGAAUCGUUUGAAAGAAAGGAGAAGGUUGAAGCAGCUGCUGCGGGUCUGGCUAACGAACUUCGAGUUUUAAUGCGAAAUCGCACCCCGGAGUUUGUAAGAAACGAAGAGCAACAUCAAAGUGAUGACUCUAUGGCAUCUAGCAAACGUGGCUUCAGGAAAACAGUGCACAAGCCGGGACCGAGAACCCAGUCAGGACACUUUCGGCCUCAGAAACAAGCACCCCUCUCACAAGAAUGUCCGCAGUUGCUUAAGAAAAAUCCAGUUUACCCUCCGUCCAUGUACCAGCGAAAUGUUUCUCCAAUCACUUCAGAUUGCGAUAACAGAUUUGAAAGGCACUUUGGGCGUACAGAUAAGGCAGAUUGCUCACAGCAGAAGUCCGAGGGCCAGAAAACCUCUGGACGCUUCCGUUCUUCAACCCAGCCACAUCAGCGACGAAGAACUCCGCAAAGUGGAAUUUCUGUACUGGCUGCCGGGGAAGGAAUAGACCGAUUCGUGUAUCGUGAACCAAGGCAAGAGUCAAACUGUAACAUUACACGAGCAAAGCAACUUGUUCGGGACACGAUUGGCGAUGAUUUUGACUACGACCGCUUUCGCAAGGAUCUAGGUGAGCUCGCGACUGAACGGAAGAGGGUUGAAUGGCUGGGGCAAAAGUUGAUGCUUCUCCAACCUGGGCCUUUCAAGAUCCGACAAAAGAAGGACAGCAAAGAGGAAUCAUUGGAUCUACAUAAGGAUUCCAACGUACGGGGUACGAAAGUCUUCAAUAAAGAAAUUGGGUCUUCUGGCAAUAAGCGAAGCCGCAGUGCUAUUUCUCCUCUUCGAGAGUCUGGUAAAAAGCUUCUUCGAUCAGACUCGGGCAAGAAAACUAUAUCAGUUGGAGCGACUUCGAGUCUUGCCACUUCGCGUGAAGAAGUCUUGGACACCACGAUACAACCGAAGAUCCAUAAUCUGGGACGAAGUAAUAUCUUCGCUAACAACAUCAAGAGUAAAAUGAGAAACUCUGAUACUUCAAUCAGCGUUAGAGCUUCCCACCAAAUGGAAACAGGUUCUAAGAGCUGUUUAAAAAAUCCUGGCAUGAGGAAAAGCUGCAAAUUGGAGAAGACUCGUGUCAAAUUUUCAUUCCCUGAAGACGAAUCAGACAGGCCCACUGGGUCUCAAUUUUUUAUCCGGCGGAAGACUUUGCGGCCUCCUGGGUCAACUUUCAAGGUUUCCAUGCCAGUUUCCUGGUUCCCUACCGAAGUUGCCAGCAGCAAGGGUAAAAAGAGCGACUAUCUGAUGAGUGAUUCGACCCUUCUCGAAAUGAGUGGCAUAAAAAAUGUAGCUCUUCAUGCUUUGCGGAAGCCAAAUGAUGUGACAAUUCAUGCGUCAGUUGGAACGAAGAGAGGAAAAGAGAUGGCCUCGAAACAAAAUCUGCAGGGCCGUCAGGUAGUACAGAACUAUCUGAAUGAAGCGAAACGUGGAGAAGGGGACAGUACGAUGAAAUCUGACUUCAGCUCCGAUUUCUGUAAGUGGGUACUGACUCCAUCUAGUGAUGACAUUCACAAUCAAAGAAGUAGCGUUUUGAGAGCUCAACUGGUCAGAGUUGGGAGUAAAGCCACCAAGGGCAAAGCCUUUCAUCUCAAGACUGCGGAGAGGGCUUCAGAGAAGCAGAGCUGGUCUGAAAGAAUGAAGGCAUUUCUCGUAUCAUGUGGAGCACUUCUUACAGAAAGUAACACAUCAAAACAUGCAAGACACUCAGAGCGAAGAACUUCUGUGAGCGGACACAACGAAGAACUGAAUACUGAUCCUGAUGAGACCGGAACACAGAAAAUGUGUACUAGUACACAUCUUAAGCAAAAGAAAGAUGGGUCAAUAUCGUGGAGAGUUACAAACUCUGUAAAUGCAGAAGAUCAAGAGAAGAACCGGGGUAGCAAAACAAGGGAGCUUGCGAAGAAUAAGGGCCGGUUCAGACCAACUGACGAAAGGCCCUAUUGUUUGGAGAAUCACUGGGGAAGCCAGGAACAAGUAGGUCGAUAUGAUGGUCGUCUGAAGACGUCAAAGGAGAAGACAGAACUGGGGAGAAAGUUCGUGGGGCAAAAGAAAGCUCAUGAUCUAUUGCUUACAAUGCUAAACAAGGUGUCAGGUGGUAAAUCGAAACAUUAUCAAAAGGUUAAGCCGAGAUCGCUGCAAGAUGCAACGAGAAAACAAAUGAGAGCUCUUGACAGGUUGGGUGGUUACUCAACUAAUCUUGCAUCUUUAAAAGGCAAGGACAGAGCAAGGUUACUCAAUGUCAAACAGGGAAAAGAAGAUAGUCAGAGAGGACCCCGAAAAUUGGGGGUGGUGGAAGUUGGGGAACCACGGUACUCUCCCAUGCCCUGCAAAUUUACAAGAAAGGACGGUCCGAGAGCUAGUGCAUUAGCAAAAUUACCGAAAUCGACUACAGGAGGCAAGAGUGAGCAGGACGCCGUGUUAAAUAGAGGAAGUUGGAAGCCUAGUCCAGUGGGGAGGGAUUCUGACAGAGGGGUUCACACAUUAAACAAAGGUAUGAGAUAUUCUGUAGAAAACUGGCUGAACGUUAGUGGAGGCUUCGAAUUUUUGGACACAGUUUGCGACGGAAAGGAAGGCUUAGAAAUGCCAGAUUCGUGUACAACCAUUCUGAAAGGCGCUGAAAUUCGGAGCUCUUCAGAUCGAGCUUCGCUUCAUUCAUGGAGUGUUCAAAGUGCAGAGGUGGGAGUUCCAAAAGAAUUCAGUUCUCUUACAUUAAUUAGAGAGAGACUACAAGAAAUGAAUAAAAGAGCUCCUCAGGACACUUCUGGUGGAGACUGCACGGGUUUACUGAGUGGUCAUAUUCAUCAACCCGGCCAUCCAGUAUCAUCUGCAGACAGAGAAGAGAUGCAGACAAGGACGAAGAUUAAGAUUCAAGGCGAUAUUGUUAAGGAGAAUCGUAAGAAUAUCGAAGUGCAGGACAAAAACAAUAUGUCCAAAACUUAUGAUAUCAAUCUCCAACGUCAGGAACUAACAGGCUUCCUUUUAGAACCUGCAGAUUCGUCUACAGAUGUUGUCUUUGAGUACAGGGAGGGAACCGAUGGAAGUAGAUUGGAAACCCACAACCUUGAGAAAAGGCAUGAAGGUGCAACAUCUGUUACUGGUUCUGAAGUUGUUGAGAACCUAGACCCUUUCAAACGGAAGUCUCCGAAGAUGACCUCUUCAUGGGAAGGCACGAAACAGUCAUCUCCAUCUGCGGAAGACAGGAUAACAGAGAGUGAAGAGUUAGAACUGGCAUUAUUAGAACUUGUGUUGAAAACUGUUUUGAGAGAUGAUCUGGUGAAGAAUUCGAAAUCUGUCCUUGCUCCUCUCAAGGAUAUGUCAUCAUCUGCAGCAGCUCAUAGAAGUCCGCAAUGCGUUCAGGUUGACCGCAGGGAAGAGGCGUCUGUGCUGGAAAUAGUUGACGAGUUGAGACAGUCACCUAGAAACCAGCAAGCUGACUUGAAACAAUCACCCACAACUCAGCAAUCUAGUGAUUCAGCUACGUCAUCUGGUGGAGCCUGGAGUGACAGUACUUUCUUAGCAGAGAAAAAGAGUCGGUCGGUGUCCUGCGUAGAUGAUGAGGACUGGCCCGAGUAUCUGGGUGUUGAUGAUGAAGAGGAAGGAAAGGUCGAAGGAGAUAUCGAAAAUAAGUUAUCUCGAAAUUCUUCGAUGACUUCCCUACCAAAAGCUUGUAAUGACGUGUCAACUGUGAUGCUGCAGUCACCAGCAUCAGCAGACGUUCAACCCUCUUCCUUCCCCUCUCACAUCUCGUCAAUUGACGAGAGAGAAACUGGUCAGUUUCCCGGUCUGUCGAGCUUAGCAUUUGCUAGCGCACCCCCACAACUAAAGAAAACUGCCUCAUAUGUAGAUGAGAGAAGUUCAACCGGUGUACAAACCAACGACUUGUCUAUCGCACAAGCUCUCAACCCUGUGUACGUUGUUCCAUUUUUCUGCCUACCUGACGGUCGCCCAAUGUUUCCACCUUAUUCAACGUACCCCAUUUAUCCACAGCCAGACAGCUACCCUCAAUUUCAUUCCAUGCAAAUUCCCACACCAUUCCAAAAAAUUCCACAAGGCCUGCGCUCUGUUGCGACGACAACUGCUGCUGAGGAGGACCUCCAAGCUACCCGUGAUAUCAAUUCCCUUGAAAAGGUGGAACGUCAUUUAUUUAAUCCAGAUGUUGCUACCAAAAUUGUGUUAGACAGUAGGAGUUCAAGUUCUUUAUCUUCUGAUUCACCCUUUCCAUCGCCCGCAACACCUAGUACCCCAAUUUCUUCUCCUGAGCAUGAAGCACGGGUUGCUUCAGCUUUAGCUCGUCAUCGUAUGAGCCAGAACCGCCAGGCAGCGUCGUUCUCAGCAGACAAUACAGACGAUGCAAUGGAUCCAAAAGGAGAUCAAACAUAUCGCCAGACUGAACAAAAGCUGGAUGCCGAGGAAAUUGCAGUUUCAUUGCAAGAUCCUCUAACCGAGAAGGACGAAAAGGAGUCUAGCCUCCACACUCACAUGCCCGGUAUCUCGAAUCAGAAUAGAAGUGCUGAGCUUGUACCUGGGUCAUUGUCUUCAACAUCUACAAGUACAAGAAAGGAUGUCGAGAUCAGACCUUACGUAUCUUAUGAUUACGCCGGAAGUGCCGAGCUGGCAGAUUCGUACGAUGGUUCUGGCUCGUCGAACUUUUCUGUAUGUUCCAGACUGAGUGAUGAAGGACUGGAACAGAUGGACCGGGUUUCGACCGGACCAGUACGUCGUUUCCCGUUGACGAAAACAAGAACUCAGUCUCCGGGUGAAAUUGAAGCCUCAUCUCCAGAACCUGAAAGGCAGGCUGAUGGUGUGAGAUAUCCGUUGGAAGCGCAUGUCAAGAGAUUUGCGACGAGGUGGCCUAAGGUUGUCAAAAAUCAUGGCAUACCGUUUUCGGAAGGUGAAGUUGAAGCCGGGGGCCUGCGUUCAGAAGGUGAAUGUGGUCAAGCUGAUUUGAGUGCUGCAUUUGCCCAUCGCAACUUUCGUUACACCCAUGAUGUAGUCAGAGACGAUGUGUCAGAACCAGGAGAAAUGAGCAGAAUUGUUUCCCAACAGAUGAAGGCGAAAUCAAAGCCGGUCGAAAAGGAUAGUUUGAUUCAAAGUCUCUCUGAAGGAGAAAUACGAGCAGAGAUGUCAGAAAUAGCUGAAACUCGUAACACGAGUACAUCUACGGGGUCAUCACCGAGAAAAAGCUCCCCAGACGACACAUACUAAGGCUGUGAUGACGUUAUCAAUAUAUAAAAUGCUUCGCUUCCUCCUUAUCCUCCACCGCGGCUUAUUCAGAGAGAAAAUUCACUCACAUCCCAACUUUGUAUGCAUUUGCACUGUGAAUUAUCAAUCUCGAAACGACAGUGAUACACAGAUGGG